CGUUCACAACCUCGAGCGUGACUGCAGUCUAUCCGUUCAUUGGCUGUGAAAGCGGAAGUGACUCGCAGGAACCUUUCUAUCAAUCUCAACACAAACAUAAACGCUCGCCUCAAGGAAAACAGGAUGGAGCUGGCGCACAGUUUGCUGCUCAAUGAAGAGGCUCUGGCUCACAUCACUGAAGCAAAGAGAGCCGUCUUCAUCUUCGAGUGGCUCCGGUUCCUGGACAAAGUGCUCAUAGCUGCCAACAAGGUGGAUGUGAAGGAGAAGCAGAAGCAGCUGGUGGAGCAGCUGACGGGGUUAAUCAGCAGCUCUCCCGGGCCACCCACCAGGAAACUGCUGGCCAAGAACCUGGCGGUGCUCUACAGCAUCGGAGACACCUUUACCGUCUUCCAGACGCUCGACAAGUGCAACGACAUCAUCAGGAGCAAAGACGACACCGCCGCCUACCUGCCCACCAAACUCGCUGCGGUGGCGUGUGUCGGGGCGUUCUAUGAGAGGAUGGGCCGAAUGCUGGGCAGCUCUUUUCCUGAAACCAUCAAUAACCUGCUGAAAGCUCUGAAGAGCUCCGAGUCUCAGGGUCGAGGUGAGAUCCUGCUCAGUCUGCAGAAGGUGCUCGGGGGUCUGGGGGGCGCAGCGGCCUCCUGUCACAGAGACAUCUACAAGAACGCCCGCUCGCUGCUGACAGACCGCUCCAUGGCCGUCCGCUGCGCCGUCGCCAAGUGCUUGUUAGAGCUGCAGAACGAGGCCGUGUUCAUCUGGACCACUGAACUGGAGAACGUGGCCACACUGUGUUUCAAAGCUCUUGAAGGAUCUACGUACAGUGUGCGUGUGGCUGUGUCCACACUGCUGGGAACCGCCAUGGCCACAGCGCUCAUGCCCAAGCAGGCCACAGUCAUGCGUCAGAACGUGAAGCGGGCGACUCUAGAGGAGGUUCUGGAGCUGAUGUCCACGGGCUUCCUGCGAGGAGGCUCAGGCUUCCUGAAGAGCGGAGGAGAGAUGCUGAAAGGAGCCUCAGUCAGCCGUGAGGUGCGAGUCGGAGUCACUCAGGCGUAUGUAGUGUUCGUCACCACUCUGGGCGGUCAGUGGCUGGAGCGUAAUUUCUCCGUGUUUCUGUCUCAUCUGCUGGAGCUGGUGGCUCAUCCGCGGGCCACACAGACUCAUGUGGAGGCGGUGUAUUCACGCCGCUGCGUGUCCUUCGCCCUGCGGGCGUCACUGGGCGGUCUGCUGGGAGAGAAAGCUCAAAUAGCUGCUGCGAAGGAAAUCUGCCUGGCCAUCAGCAAACAGAUGAGAGCCGUGGAGGCUGUGGUGAAUGACCCCAGCAGUGAGGGCCGGGCCGGGGCCGCAGACGUGUCGGCCAGUCAGCAUGUGAUGGUGUGUGCUCUUAAAGAGCUGGGCAGUUUGGUCCGGAGUCUGAGCGCUACAGCUUCCCCUCUGAUCCAGGAACCAUCUGUCGGUUUUCUGGAGACGGUCACAUCAGUGCUGCUGCACCCGAGCAUGGCUGCGCGUCUGGCUGCGGCCUGGUGUCUGCGCUGCGUGGCUGUGGCUCUGCCGUACCAGCUCACACCUCUCCUGGAGCGCUGCGCCGAGUGCAUCAACAACCUGAAGAACUCGCCCGAGGCUGUGAGCGGAUACAGCUUCGCCAUGGCCGCUCUGCUGGGGGGGGUGCAUCAGUGUCCUCUGGGCAUCCCACACUCCAAGGGCAAGAUGGUGGUGAGUAUAGCUGAAGAUCUGCUGCGCUCUGCGGCCCAGAACAGCCGUCUGUCUCUCCAGCGGACUCAAGCCGGCUGGCUGCUGCUGGGAGCCCUCAUGACCUUAGGACCGUCUUUAGUGCGCUACCACCUGCCCAAGAUGCUGCUGCUGUGGCGUAACGUGUUCCCUCGCUCUCAGAAGGAGCUGGAGGCUGAGAAGGCCAGAGGAGACUCCUUCAGCUGGCAGGUGAUGCUGGAGGGCCGCGCCGGCGCUCUGUGUGCCAUGCGCAGUUUUGUGGCUCAUUGUCCAGAGCUGCUGACGGAGGAUGUGAUCCGCAGGCUGAUGACGCCCAUCGAGUGUGCCAUGACCAUGAUGUCUCAUGUUCCUGCAGUGAUCAAGGUUCAUGGAGCUCAUCUGAAGGCCAGCGCUGCCAUGGUGCGACUGCGACUCUACGACAUCCUGGCCCUGCUGCCGCCCAAGACAUACGAAGGCAGCUUUAACGCUCUUCUGAGGGAGCUGGUGGCAGAGUUCACGCUCACAGAUAACUCGGCCAACACCACCACAUCUCUGCUGCGCUCGCUCUGUCAUUACGACGACAGCGUGCUGAUGGGCUCCUGGCUGCAGGAGACCGAUCAUAAGUCCAUUGAAGAUCAGCUGCAGCCCAACAGUGCGUCAGGCAGCGGCGCUCUCGAACACGACCCGUCCUCCAUCUACCUGCGCAUCCCUGCAGUGGAGGCCGUGCCCGGACCGCUGCCGCUCGGGGUGUCUGUGAUCGACGCCUCUGUCGCUCUGUUCGGAGUCGUCUUUCCACACGUCUCUUUCAAACACAGGUUGCAGAUGCUGGAUCACUUUGCUGAAUGUAUUAAACAAGCUAAAGGAGUCCGUCAGCAGGCCGUGCAGCUGAACAUAUUCACUGCGGUGCUGAGCGCUCUCAAGGGUCUGGCUGAGAACAAGAGCAGUCUGGGCCCGGAGGAGGUGCGUAAAUCAGCUCUAGCGCUGGUGAUGGGUGCGCUGGACAACCCCAACCCCAUCCUGCGCUGCGCUGCUGGAGAGGCUCUGGGACGCAUGGCACAGGUCGUGGGAGAAGCUUCUUUCAUCGCCAGGAUGGCCCAGCACAGCUUUGACAAGCUGAAGUCUGCGCGGGACGUGGUGUCCAGGACCGGUCACUCUCUGGCUUUAGGCUGUCUGCACCGUUAUGUGGGCGGCAUUGGCUCGGGCCAGCAUCUCAAGACCAGUGUGAGCAUCCUGCUGGCGCUGGCCCAGGACGCCACGUGUCACGAGGUCCAGACCUGGGCGCUGCACUCUCUGGCUCUCAUCGUGGACUCCAGCGGGCCCAUGUACCGCGGUUAUGUGGAGCCCACGCUGUCUCUGGUGCUGACGCUGCUGCUGACCGUCCCCCCCUCACACACAGAGGUGCAUCAGUGUCUGGGCCGCUGUCUCGGAGCGCUCAUCACCACCGUGGGCCCAGAGCUGCAGGGUAACAGCGUCAGCAUCUCUACGAUCCGCUCGUCGUGUCUGGUGGGCUGUGCCAUCAUGCAGGAUCACUCAGACUCUCUGGUCCAGGCGGCAGCCAUCUCCUGCCUGCAGCAGCUGCACAUGUUUGCUCCGCGACACGUCAACCUGUCCAGCCUGGUGCCCUGCCUCUGUGUGCAUCUGUGCAGCUCUCACCUGCUGUUACGACGGGCCGCGGUGGAGUGUCUCCGGCAGCUGGCUCAGCGCGAGGCUGCAGAGGUCUGUGAAUACGCCAUGAGUCUCGCCAGGAGGGCAGGAGACAGCAAAGACAGCACGAGCAUCAGUGCGUCCCACGCCCGCACUCUUAACACACACACACACACACACACACACACACCGUUUCAUCCAGUCCUAGAAACUCUAAUCUCUUUAUUUGAUCCAGAUCUGAACAUCACAGAGACGGGUUUGGAAGGAGUUCUGUUUGGAAUGCUGGACCGGGAGACGGACAGGAAGUUGUGCUCGGACAUUCAUGACACGUUAGGUCACAUGCUCUCGUCUCUGGCUGUGGGGAAGCUUCCUCACUGGCUCAAGCUCUGCAAAGAUGUCCUGGCAGCUACUACAGAGGUGGGGGGGACGGUUGCAUCCGUCGGCAGAAGGAAGGACGAGGAGGAGGACUCGGAGAAGAAGGAUGAGAUGGACGAUGACAUCAUGUUCACAUCACUGGGUCAGGAUGACAAGUCCAAGCCGUCCGUGGCUCCUCGCUGGGUCACUCGAGUGUUUGCUGCUGACUGUCUGUGCCGGAUCAUUCAUCUGUGUGAGAACGCAGACAAGGCCCACUUCGACCUGGCCGCUGCGCGGGUCGCCAACACCAGAAACCCUGAAGAGGACUUCCUGGUGCUGCACCUGUGUGAUCUGGUUCGCAUGGCCUUCAUGGCUGCCACGGACCACAGCAACCAGCUGCGCAUGGCCGGCCUGCAGGCUCUGGAGGACAUCAUCAAGAAGUUCGCCGCUGUGCCCGAGCCAGAGUUCCCCGGUCAUGUGAUACUGGAGCAGUACCAGGCCAACGUUGGUGCUGCGCUCCGACCGGCCUUUUCCCCUGAUACACCGUCAGACAUCACUGCCAAAGCCUGCCAGGUGUGCAGCGCAUGGAUCGGCAGCGGUGUGGUCAGUGACCUCAAUGACCUGCGGCGCGUCCACACGCUCCUGGUGUCCUCUCUGGACAAGGUGCAGACUGGGAAGAGCCCGUCCAGCCAGCUGUACAGUGAGAGUGCCACUACUAUGGAGAAGCUGGCGGUGCUGAAGGCAUGGGCCGAGGUGUUCGUCGUGGCCAUGAACAUAAAGAAGGAGUCUCAGUCCAGGCCUGCACGCCGUCCUCAGGCUGAGGAUGAGGAUGAGGGAGAUGAAGGAGACGUUCUUCCUCCAGACAGCCUGAUGACGCUGGUUCAGCCGGAGCUGCCGUCUCUCAGCCGUCUGUGGCUGGCGGUGUUGAGAGACUAUGCUCUGCUCACUCUGCCGGCUGAGUUCUCCAGUCAGCUGCCUCCUGAAGGAGGGGCUUUCUACACUCCUGAGACCAUAGACACGGCCAGGCUUCAUUACCGGAGCUCCUGGGCGUCUGUCCUGCACGCAGAGGCGCUGUGGCUCAGCAGCACAGGCUUCGGUUCGGCUGAAGAGUCUGCAGAGGGCAAGAGUGCCCCCCUCCCUGCUCCGGCUAACACCGACGACCUCGUCAAAGACAGACUGCACCUUCUUCUGGGCAUCAGCAUCGAGUUCCUGUGUUUCCCUCGGGCCGAGGAGCCCAUCGAGGAUGUGAUGUCAUGUCUGCAUGCUCUCUGCACACUGCUGGACUCACCGAGCGCUCGGACGCACAUCGCAGAGGACCAGCUGCUGGCUGUGGAGCUGCUCAACGUGCUUCACCGACUCUUAUUGACACGCGACCCACCCAGUGUGCAGCUGCAGGUGACCACCGUCGUGCAGAAGACCAUCCGGGCAGCCCAGGAGCACCUGGAACACAUCAGGAGCACCAAGACUGAAGAGGACGGUGGAGAUGAGGAGUGUGUUUCAGCGCUCGGUGCAGGAGGAGAAACCGGCGAGCUUGUUCCAGGGAAGUCUCUGGUGUUUGCAGCGAUGGAGCUGCUGGUGUUUAUCUUGGUGCGUCACCUGCCUCAGCUGAAAGCUCAGGACACCGAGAGCGUCAGACAGCCUCCUCAACAGCUGUCUGACCACAGCAACCGUCUGGUGGCAGCCACGGUCACAGUCCUCGCCGAGCUGCCCUCUCUCUGCUCUCCUGCAGGAAGCAUGACCAUCUUGCCCACGGUGCUCUUCCUGAUCACUGGUGUGCUGAGAGACACCGCGGUGAAGACGGCAGAUAACUGUGUGUGUGCGCCAGUGUCUGCGGCUCUGCAGGCCAUCAAGACCAUCCUCAGCUCUCCACUGGCAGCUAAGAGUCAGCCGCAGUGGAGCGCUCUGGUCAGGAGCAGUCUGGCCACCGUCCUGCAGCACUCGCAGCCAGACGUGUGCGGAGCCAGCGUGGAUGAAGUCAGUCUGCUGACGGCCGUCACACUGUUUCUGCUGUCGGCCAGCAGUGCUCUGGUGGGAGUCUCUGUCCUGCAGGAGGGAUGCAUCGAGCGCUUCAGACACGGACUCAACUCUGCCGACCCCUGGACUCAGGCGCGCUGUUAUCAGCUGCUGCUGUCGGUCUUCCAGCACUCGUGUCGCAGUCUCUCCACACCCUACAUUCACUCGCUGGCUCCGCUGCUGGUGGAGAAGCUGAAGGCCGUCGAGCACAGUCCACCGUCCACACCUGCGGAGCUACAGGCCGUACAGGAAGGAGUUAAAGUGCUGGAGAGCCUCGUGGCCAUGGGGGAGGAGCAGAACCGAGUUCAGUUGCUGGCUCUGCUGGUCCCGACCCUCAUCUCAUACCUGUUGGAUGACUCCACCUUCUCCACGGCCUCCAGCUCCUCUAAAGGCCUGCACGAGUUUGCCCUCCAGAGCCUGAUGCACACUGGUCCUCUGUACCCUGCUGCCUUUAAGACUGUUAUCGGGGCGGCCCCGGAGCUCAAGACCCGGCUCGAGGCGGCCAUCAGAUCCAGACAGGCCAACAGUAAAGCCAAGACCGCCGCCAGACAACAGCAGCCCACUGUACAAGCGGCUCCCACCAUCAAACUCAAGACCAGCUUCUUCUAGUCACUGCACACACUCGUCUGUCCAUCACACUGCUUCAGAGUCAUGUGGCUGUUCCU